GAGAUCAGCGCUGUUGUUCUCCAGCCUACAGACUUUCGACUUGUUUCAUGCUGCUGCUGAUAUUUACCGAUAUUAACCGAGUUGCAGAUACAAGGUGCAUUCGAAGCUGAUAAAAUGGAAAUGGAACUGAUCGAGUUAAAAGACAUAAAGGCUGUACAGGACAUAAUACACCUUUAUCCGGAACGAGUGAAAGCUGAGUGCACGCCGCUUGUUAUUGACAAUGGAUCCUACAAUUGCAGAGUCGGCUGGGCCACCGAAAAGGAGCCGCAGUUGACGUUCAAGAAUCUCAUAGCGAAGCCGAGGAAAGAACGUGGCAAGAAAGACGGAGAGCCUCAAGUGGGUAACGACAUAGCGAACAUCGAGGCCGUACGAUUUCAACUGAAGACUCAGUUUGACCGAAACGUAGUGACGCAUUUUGAGGCGCAGGAGCAGAUAUUUGAUUACACCUUCACGCACAUGGGUAUAGAUACGGAGGGUACCGUAAAUCACCCGAUUAUAUUGACAGAGGCAUUUCUCAAUCCCAACUAUUCUCGUAACUUGAUGGCAGAAUUAUUAUUCGAAUGUUAUAACGUACCGUCGGUGGCAUACGGGAUCGAUUGCUUGUUUUCGUAUCAGCACAAUAACUGCCCGCCUGAUGGUCUGAUCGUUAGCGUGGGCUAUCACACGACUCACGUGAUACCGAUUCUGGACGGGAAAGCGGACGCCAUGAAUGCAAGGAGGAUCAACGUUGGCGGAUAUCAUAUCACGUCGUAUAUGCAUAAACUCCUUCAAUUGAAAUAUCCAGUGCACGUCAAUGCGAUAACGCUUAGUCGAGCAGAGGAGUUGAUACACGAGCAUUCGAUGAUUGCCUUAAACUACCAGGAGGAGUUAUCCAAGUGGGCGGAUGUGGAUUAUUAUGACACGCAUGUUUUAAGAGUGCAAUUACCAUAUGUUGCGCCCGCUACUACUCCCGGCUUAACACUUGAGCAGCAGAAAGAGAGGAAACGGGAAUUGGCACGGCGACUUAUGGAAAUUAAUGCGAGGAAGAGGGAGGAAAGAUUAGCAGAAGAUGAAGAGCAGCUUAAUCAAUUACUAGCAGUCCAAGAUCUUCUGGAAGAAGGUGAAAUCGACGAAUUUGAUCAGGCAUUGAAGUCCUACUCUCUUGCGAACGAGGCUGAUUUAAUAAAAAUGAUUAAUAAUUUACAAGCAAAGGUAGAAAGAACCAGGCAGAAAAUCGUUGCUGCUAACUCGCAAGAGGAGAAUAUUAUAAUGGAAGAAAAGCCUAAAAUUAAAUCAAGCCUUCAGCCUAAGGAUCAACAAGAUUUUGAUGAAUGGAUUGCCGGGGUUAGAAAGAAAAGACAAGAAAUACUAGACAAACGCCUGGCAAAAAGACAACGAAGGCAAGACAUGGCGAAGCGAAGAACAGCAGCCGCACAGGAGAGGAUGCGUAUAAUUAGCCAGUUAGCGAAAAAAGAAAAGCGCGACGAUGAUUUUGGUAUGCGAGACGAAGACUGGGACGUGUACAAAGUUAUAAAUAGGGAAGGUGGCGAUUCAGACUCAGAAUUAGAACAGGAGAAACUAUUAGAAUUGGAAGAUGUCCUGCGUCAUCACGAUCCAGAAUUUGAUAGUGCCGGAUCUAGCGUUCCUAUGGUCCCUGGAGAAACGCAUCAGCUUCAUGUAGGCGUAGAACGUCUACGAGCACCAGAAUUGUUGUUUCAACCGUCUAUGAUUGGUUCUGUAGAAGCUGGCAUUGCCGAGGCAAUUGAAUUUGUUUUAAAACAGUACACCCAUGACGAACAAACGCGUCUUGUGAGCAAUGUAUUUCUUACCGGUGGAUCAACAGCCUUCCCGGGGUUGUUGGAAAGAUUGAAACGUGAACUACGCGAAAUGAGACCUUUCGGGUCGAACUUUCAAGUGAAUAUUGCGAAAAAUACCAGCUUGGAUUCCUGGUACGGUGCAAGAGAUUUCGGUCUAAAUGGUAAUUUUCCUGAGUACUUGGUCAGUCGCAAGGAAUACGAAGAGAAAGGUGGAGAGUAUUUCAAAGAACACUUGACCAGUAAUACUUACACACGAUCGCCCGAUCCUUUGCCAAUGAUACAAGUACCUGUAGCCAUUGAGCAAGUUGUCGUGGAGGAUACCGUGGUUGAUGUGGAAAUUGAAUAAAGGUAUUUAAUUUGCUAAUUUUUAUGCGAACAAUUUUAAACUUAUAUUUACUUAUUAUUAAGGUAAGCCAAGUUACUUAUAAUUAAUAAAUCAUUAAUAUGUAAUAUAAUAAAAUUUUUUAAAAAACAAAAUUUUGAAUACUCACCUUGUUAUUAAAUAGAUUUUAGCAAAUAAAGCCUGUAUAGUUCGAUCAUGGCGUGACUGAUGGGCUUUUAUUAUUGAAUGGAUAUUAGCAAAAGAUACGACCAAUGUUUGUUCAUGGAUACCUACUUUAUUACACAAGUAUUUCUGUUUGUUCAUUUUAUUACGAACAAACUACAUUGUAGUCUGUUUGCUGAUCACAAUAUACAGUUCCCAAACAUCGCAUUUCGCCAUUCAACACAAUUACGCGGGAUACGUUUUAUACGUUUUACUUUUCUUAUUUUUCGAGGACAAUCGACAUCGGCUUCUGGGCGUUCUUCGUGUAGCCUAAAAAAUUAUGAAAGUGAUCCCUCACCUUAGCGAUAAGAUUGAUUUUACAGCAACCUCAGUUACAAAUCUCCGUUCUCGAUCCGCGAGAGCUUAAGCUAACAUCACAAUAUAAUAAUACACUGAAAUCAUCGAGGCCCCACAGGCAGUUACAACUAACACUACUAAUUCUUGCGCAACGUAAUUAAUAAAGGAACCAUAUCGCGAUGUAACGCUUCAAUUUUCGCGAUUGCUCGAACCUAAUCUGACGUAGAACAAAAAAGAACUCGUAUCGUGCGCGAUGACAUCACAAACUCUUAGAUCACAAGUGCACAGCAUUUGUUCAAUGAUACAUAUUUGAUCAAGUUUAAAAAGAAAUUCUAUGUUUUACACAAUAUUGCGUACUCACAUCUGCAUGAAAUACGAAACGUGAUGUAUGCAUUGUUACAAUGUAUAGGACAUGUUUUCUUUUUUAUAGAAUCCUCUGCAUAAAAAUAUGUAUUUCGCUUCUACAUAGACGUGUCGAAAUUGAGUUACAUAUGAAAACUUUCUACUAAGACAGUACAACAUAAAUCUAAUAUUAAAAGCGUACAAUGUUUCGAAUAUUUGCAAACGAAAAUUUGAAAGCUCAUUACAAGAUUAACAUGGAACAACCUUUAAAACAACACUGCCGUAGGAUACUGAAGUUGGAAACAAAACGGUAUAUUCACGUGAUACUUGAUGCUCCAUUCCGUUUUAUCACACAUAAUCGUGUAAUGAGCUCACGUCACAGAUGUGCAUUUCAUUCGCAAGAUUCACCGAUGAGUUACAUGUACCUCGAUACAGCGCAGAAAAAGAAAACUUAAUUUAAAUAUCCUUUACAACUAUCACAGUUUGAGGUCGCUGCAAAUCAAUGUCUCUCGCCUGUAACGACGCGCUAUAUCUUAUGAAAUUUUCAUUCAGAGAAUGGAAGGAUAGGCGUGGAGGACACUUGGGUAGUUUUGUUUACAACAAGAUUGAGGUAGAAUCCAAUCUGCAAAUAAAUACAACUUUUGAUCCGCAUAUGCUAUAAGUGAGGGGCUACUUCCGUCAACAAUAAUGUAACAUUAAUUAAAAGUAAUACGUAGCAUUAAAAUGACGCCGCGACAACGAUGACAGCGAUGAUGAUAAUUAUGACAGUGAUAACAAUAAUCAAUGACGAUAAGAGUAAUAAUGAUAAUGAUAAUAAUAUAAGGAUGAAAAGUAAUAAUAAUUCACAAUAAUAACUAGUACAACAACGGUUAAUGUUUCCUUUCUGCAAUAUAAUGGCUGUAUGCAUUUGUAUAUAUAUACAUAUAUAUUUAUGUAUAUGUAUUCGUAUGGUGGGGCAAAGAUUGACAGCUAUGUACAAUACAUGCUUGCCUUAGUUGUACCAUUUUUAUAUUAUACGCACCUAUACCCGCCGCGUUAAUUACGUGACAAUUAAUAAUUAAUAAUAUUCCGCUAAUGAUGAUAAUCAAAAAUAAUUACAAUAAUAAUAAUCGUAAUUAUAUUAGUAUCGUUUGCUCAUAAAAUAUCCUAUAUGUAACAUGUAUCAGCAAUAAUAACUAGGUAUGCAGUAUGUACGUAAGGAGGAUGUGUUGUUUCGGGUAGGAUAUGUCGAUAAAAACUAUGGUAUACCAAGCGUCAACUUUUUAUUAUCUCAGCUAUCGUCUGUUUCUUCCGUUGUAGUUUUCUUUUUUUUUUUCAUCGUUUUUCGCAAAAUGACUAUUACAAAAGUGCACGUUACUCGCGAUUCUCUUACACUUUAUUUUACGUACAUACAUAAAUCGGCGUAGAUCUACCUACUUCUUCAUUGUCGUUUAUAUUACUUCGGUAGCGUUAAUUAUUUUCUUUCAGUUAUAUAUAUAUGUAUAUAUAUAUAUACUUUAUUCUCCCUUAACGGAGCACUACGAUAAUCCCCUUGUUUACACCAUACAUACAUACGUACGUACAUACAUACACACUUGCGGGUGUACAUAAACACGUGACAUGAUACUUUCUACGCAUCGACGGUACAUAGAUAUUAUCUUAUCGUCGUAUAUCGUAUCAUAAUUUUGUUCCUCCUGUGAUUUUUAAUAUUCUUCUUUUUUUUUAACACGAUAUUGCUGACGCGGGUACGUGGGAUACCGCGGCCAACAGCAACCCUCCUCAACUUCCCUUACCCACCCGUUACUCGCCAAGGAUUCGACGACACGCAAUUCCGGACUUGCUUUCGUUCGUCUUUUUUUUUUUAAUAUCAAGGCUUUUAGGCACCGUUCAAAAACUCGAGUCGAGAGAAUUAUUAGCGAUAGAGAAGAACUUACGCUUGUACUUACGGCCUGGUGACUCUUAGCACCCCCUCCCCUCCACCGAUAGACCAGAUUUAACAUAUAUUAACCCUUCACAGCUCGUAAGAACGAAUCAACGUAAUCGGUACGGUGAUCGGAAGUUAAUCGGCGAGAUACAUUCGGCGAGGAAAUAAUUAUUUGAUGAACGCAAUUACGACAGAUAUAGCCGUUAAUAUCACCGUGUAUAAAGGAAGAGAGAAAAAAAAACAAUUCGAAAACUGUCCCCGAUUCGCGCGAAAUCAAUCGUAUCUCGUUUUCCAAACUUAAGACAUACGUAACAAGACUAGUAUCGUAUUGUAAAUGACGAUCCACAAAAUCUUACUUUAAAAAAAAAAUAACGCGGUCGUAGAACGUGUCCCGGACUACGGUAGAACUUUCCAUAAAUAUCGUGGACCCCUUUACAUCGUGAUCUAUCACCUCUGUGCACUAUUAUUGCGAAGUGACGUGACGGUAAAGCCGUAAAGAGUCGAAUGCGAAGCGCACUCCCGCCGUCGUUGCAAAAAAAUAUCGUUGGACGAGGAAGACCGUUGUUAUAUACGUUAUAUACAGGUGCGGGUUUCGUGCAUGCGAUAAGUGUCUCGAAUCUCUCCUUCGUCGGGUCUCGCUACAAAAAUAUCAGUAUAUCUGAAAUAAGGAAAAAGCGACGGACACCGUUAAAAAAAGCACGGUGAACGCGUCCGUUUCGCCGUUUGUCUCGUCUACGUUUCCCCCCGCGC